AACCUCUCCUUUAAUAAAUUUAUGUUUCUAAUCACUUAAAUAACAAAUGAAAGAGAAAUGUCAGUGUAGUAAGGUAUUGUAACUAACGUUGACUCCAAGUUUCAUGAGAUUUGAUUGGUCGAUUGGUGGCUUGUCAGCAUGUCAUAUAAACUGUGCUUCGAGCGCUUUCUCACUUCAGAGAAUCUUAGACUCCGAUUGUAUUGAAAGAUUUGUUGCUGCAGUAUUAGACUGUUGACAGACGUGUAUUCAAGUGUCAAAAUCAUGUGUGGAAUCUUUGCUUAUUUGAAUUACCUGACUCCAAAAACGAGGGAGGAAAUCCUGAAACUGCUUGUGGGUGGAUUAAAGAGGCUCGAAUACCGAGGAUAUGAUUCAGCUGGUGUGGCGCUUGAUGAACCCAAUGGCCAUGACAUUGCCGUCAUAAAAAAACAAGGGAAAGUUCAAGCUCUUGAAGAUGAAAUUUUUCAACGACCUAAUCUUGAAUUUGAUAGUAAAACUGAGAGCCAUGUGGGUAUUGCUCAUACUCGUUGGGCAACUCACGGAGUUCCCUCGGAGGUAAAUUCUCAUCCUCAAAGAUCUGAUGUAGAUCAUGGUUUUCUUGUAGUUCACAACGGUAUUGUGACUAACUAUAAAGAAGUUAAAACUCUACUUCAGCAGAGAGGAUAUGUUUUUGAGAGUGAAACUGACACCGAAGUUAUUGCAAAGUUAAUUCAUCAUCUUUGGAUGCAACAUCCUUCAUAUUCAUUCCGUGAGCUCGUUGAACAAGUUAUCCAACAGUUGGAAGGUGCUUUUGCUCUUUGUUUUAAAAGUAAAUAUUUUCCUGGUGAAUGUGUAGCAACGAGGAGAGGAUCACCUCUUUUAGUUGGAAUCAAAACCAAAACUCGAUUGAUUACUGACCAUGUGCCAAUUCUUUAUGGAAAAGCAGAUGAUCUACCAAGAGUGUCUAAAGAGGGUGAAGCAACAACCACAGAUCAUAGACCUCAUGGACGAGGUACAGAUGUGCCCGUGAUUCCACGUAGUGACAGCACGGCUGAAUUCCAACCUUUGAUAGAAAAAGAAGUUGAGUACUUUUUUGCAUCAGAUGCAAGUGCUGUGAUCGAGCAUACUGAUCGUGUUAUCUUUCUUGAAGAUGACGACGUAGCAGCUGUAAAACAAGGAACUCUGAGUAUUCAUCGUCUACGUCGAUGCAUGGAUGAUCCUCAUGCGCGCGAAAUUACAACUCUCAAGAUGGAAAUUCAACAAAUUAUGAAGGGAAACUAUGAAUAUUUCAUGCAAAAGGAAAUCUUUGAACAGCCAGAAUCAGUAGUAAAUACAAUGAGAGGUCGUUUGAAUUUCCAGAAUAAUUCGGUUACUCUUGGUGGAAUAACUGAUUACAUACCGGAAAUAAAAAGAUGUCGUCGUCUUAUGCUUAUUGGCUGUGGUACAAGUUAUCAUUCCGCCAUCGCAACCAGACAGUUGCUGGAGGAAUUAACUGAAUUACCUGUCAUGGUAGAGUUAGCAUCGGACUUUUUAGACAGAAAUACUCCAGUUUUUCGUGAUGAUGUUUGCUUCUUCAUAUCACAAUCUGGUGAAACUGCAGAUACUCUCAUGGCACUUCGAUAUUGCAAGGGACGUGGAGCGUUAAUUGUUGGUAUUACAAACACUGUUGGUAGUAGUAUUUGCCGUGAGUCUCAUUGUGGCGUUCACAUUAAUGCGGGUCCAGAAAUUGGUGUUGCUAGCACAAAAGCUUAUACAUCGCAAUUUAUUUCUCUUGUUAUGUUUGCACUUGUGAUGAGUGAGGACAGAAUUUCAUUACGUCCUCGACGUCUAGAGAUUAUUGAAGGUUUGAAAAAUCUGGAUAAUCAAAUUCGUGAAGUAUUGAAAUUGGAUAAUAAAGUAAAAGAACUAGCAAAAUCAUUAUAUCAAUAUAAGUCUCUUCUUAUUAUGGGUAGAGGAUACAAUUUUGCUACAUGUAUGGAAGGUGCUUUGAAAGUAAAGGAGUUAACCUACAUGCAUAGUGAGGGUAUUAUGGCUGGUGAACUCAAACAUGGACCAUUAGCUUUGGUAGAUGACUCGAUGCCAAUUAUAAUGAUUGUUAUGAGAGAUCCUGUUUAUAUUAAAUGUAUGAAUGCACUCCAACAAGUGACAGCUCGUGGUGGUAAACCAAUUGUCAUUUGUGAAGAUGGUGACAAUGAAACAAAAUCAUUUGCAUCACGAGCUCUCGAAGUGCCCAAAACUGUUGACUGUCUUCAGGGUAUCUUGACUGUCAUUCCAAUGCAAUUAUUGUCGUUCCAUAUUGCUGUACUUCGUGGCUGUAACGUUGAUUGCCCACGAAACCUCGCCAAGUCUGUCACAGUAGAGUAAUUACGCUGCUAACUCACAGAGUCAAUGGAAAAAUUUAUAUGUUCGAUGUACAUAUAUGUACAUAAUGGUAAAUCAAAGUCAAUUUGAAAGACCUUGACUGAGACAUAAAGUUCAUAUUAUUUGCAAUACUGAAAAAUGCAGCUCAUGCUACGAAAGAAAACCUAUUGAUAACAGCAUCUGUUGACGUAAUGCAAAAGAAAAAUUUAAAAUAAUGUCUAUGACUGUAUACAAGAGUCGAGUUAAUUUUGACUACGAUAGAAAUAUUUUUAUCGAUUCUUUUUUUUUAUAUAAACAACAGAAUUAUAUACAAUGACCAUCUAUUAAGAUGAUAUAAAAUUUAUAUUAUAAAAAACGUUCCUUGAAUGAUAAACCAUUUUUCUUAUAAUAUAAAUAACUGAUACAUUUCACUUUGCAUUUAAAUCUUGUAUGGGAAACAAAAAACAUCAAAUAUUUUCAAUCAAUUCGUCAUCUAGAGAUAAUUUGUGAUCGCACUUAUGUAUGAAGAAUACACAUUAGAAUUAUCCGAAAUUACAUUCGUAAGAUAAAUGAAAUUAUUUUAUUUUUAUAUUAAAUACAUUUGAAUAGUAAAAAUCCUAUAAUUAAUCUUGACUAAAUUGAUUGAAGAAUUAGAUGAAUUUUUGAUAAUAUAAGGGAAGAUAUAAAAUUGGAUUUUAGUUAAAUAC